AUGGCGCUUCAGAGGCCACUGCCGGUGGAGACACUACUACCGUUCGACCAAGUUCGUUCCUCGGAAACGCGCGCCGUCCUGCAAGAUGUCGACCGGCAAGACUCCAACAAUUACAGUCAAUCCCCGGAUAGCCAGGAAGAUGACGACGCCUCGGGCACUGAGAAGCCCAAGCGCCAAAAACGCUCGCGAGCAUGUGUCGCUUGUCGCAACAUGAAGAUCCGGUGCCUUCCCGUUGAGGGUCAGGAGGCGUGCAAUGCAUGCUCCAAGGUGAACCGCCAGUGCAUCAUGCCCGGUCCACCUCGCAAACGACAAAAGACGGUCCAUAAAGUCGCCGAACUCGAGAAGAAGAUCAACGCACUGACGGAUGCGCUGCUGGCAAAACAGCAGCAGACGGACGGGGCCAAGGUAGAGGCUGAGUCGCCGGCAAAGGACGCUCCGACAACUUCAAGCUCCGAGCCAGCGCGGACAGAGGAUACUUCCAACACCAGUCUGGACAGUUACCAUCGUGCUAUGAUAGAGCAGGCAUUCCCGUCAACCACCCCAACUCGAUACAAUACGACUUGUGGUGCCGUGACCUUCGAACCUCUUGCGAGGGAUGACUAUGUCGACGUCGUCGAUCGCGGAGACUUGACAGUAGAGUCUGCCACCAAACUGUUCUCUUUUUGGAGGGACCGCAUGUGUGAAACCAACCCGAUUGUCAUCUUCCCUCCUGGCGCUGAUAUUCAGGAAAUUCGGAAAGCUCGUCCCAUGACCUUUUUGGCCAUUCUGACGGCUGCGAGCGCGGUUAUCCAACCUUCCGCCCAGCCUGCCCUGACCAUCGAGCUCAAUCGCCAGAUCUCGGAAAGGGUGCUUUUCCAUGGCGACAAGUCCUUGGACCUGAUCCAGGCCAUGUUGUUCAAUUCGCAAUACUAUGUCAGACCUCGCACUGCUCGAGACAUGACUUUUAACCACAACAUCCAAGCCGCAAGCGUCAUGGCCUUGGAGCUUGGGAUCGGGAAACGGUCCAAGGUGGUAAGGAGUCCGGAAGAGGAGGUAGAAUUUUGUCGAACAUGGCUCGCCUGUUAUCAGUCGAAUAUAACUGUCACGACCAUUCUUCGCCUUCCGUCACUUGUAAGGUUUGGUCCCCGGGUCGAAGAGUGCCUCGAGACCCUCUCGAAAAGCCCGUACGCUGCUCCCAGCGACAAAUGGCUAUGUGCGACCGUUGGUCUUGCCCGCAUUGCCGAAGAAGUCUCGGCGGCUUUCGACAUGGACGAUCCAGGUGCCGAGCUCAAAUUCACCGAGCCGAGGAUCCAGCAUCAGCUGAAAUGCUUCCAGAGGCAGCUGCGCUUGUGGGAGAAAACAGUCGACGUCUCUAUCGACCCACGGUUCGUGCGUCACCACGCAGCUUGUAUCAAUCUGUAUAUCCACGAGAUUGCCAUCCACCAAGACCACAACGUCGACGACUUUCGCCCUGCGGCGCAUUCGCUAGAGGAGCGCAAGCAACCCGAAAUCGUCACUGCGGCACAUGUCGAAGCCUUGUCGACCCUGCUGACCAGCAGCCAUCAAGUGCUGGAUACCUACCUCUCGCUUGAUUCCGACUGCGCCCGCACUCUUUCCAACCUCUACAUCGUCUGGGCCUCCUACGCCAUCAUGGUGCUGAUGAAGCUGCACUGGAUAUUCAACUCCCCCGAAUCGAAGUUCGGGGCGGUUUUCCUUCCUGAUCUGCGGACGAAUUACUAUCUAGACGCGCUACUCGGUCGAUUGAGCGAGAUCUCGGCCAACGGCAAGAACCCGUGCGCCGCGGCUUUCGGGUUCGUCUUCACGAAGCUCAAAAUGUGGCAUCUCCACCGUACGGGACAACUCCCCGAUGAGGAGGCAGGUGGUGGUCAGGAUCGCGCGUCCAGUAUCCUGGCACAGAACACUGGGGAGGCCAUCCCUUCGGCGAAACGGAUGGACAUAACCGGGAUUCUAGGCCCCACUAGCAAUGAUACACCGCCGGCGACUCUUCCGCAUCAACGACCGUUUACGCCGGGCUUCAUGCCAGGGGGAAACUGGAACAACGUCGAAUCAGCGGGCCACCAUCAAUCCGGUCAGAACCUGAAUGCCGCGUACGAUGCCGCAAGCUACGGCCGGACGAAUUGGGAUCAAUUCAACUUCAGCACCGAAGAAUUGGACAUGUUUGACAUAUACAUGAACAACAGUGGAUGGAUGGGGUAUUUAUUGUAG